AGAAUAUUGAGAAGAACAUGAACAAUUAGGUCCAACUUAAUGAAUUCUUCUUCGGUCACACUCCUUUUUGUUUCCACCCAAAAUUUCCAAAUCUCUAUAUAAAAAGCUCACCGAAGAGAAGUGUUCUUUUAUAAAACAAACAAGAAAGAAAAAAGAAAGAACGAAAUGUCUGCCCAAAAAGCUGUCAAGAGUUCUCAUUACGAGGCAGAAUCCAACAUGGAACAAGAUAUCGUUAGAAAAGCAUGGAUUUUUAAGCCAAGUGGUCUUAGUUUCAUAUGGGGAGGUGACUCUCGGUAUUGGGUCAUCCCCAACGAAGACAGGACGCCUGCUGAACUGAAGAUGGUGAGUUGGUUAGAAGUAACCGGUUCUUUCGACAAGGUCGAGCCAGGCAAAACGUACCGGAUCGGUUUUAAAAUCUCGUUCACAGCUGAUGCAACCGGAUGGGAGCAAGCUCCGGUUUUUAUGUCAGCAAAAAUUGGGAAGAAAGGGAGGACAGUUUGGAAGAGGAUCAAAUCGGUGAACAAUAACAUUAAGAAACUCAAAGGCGGUACAGAACCGGUUAACAUACCAGAUGAGACGGAUGGAAGAUUCGAGAUCUUCGUCAGUCCCACGGUUGCAAUAAACCAAGAGACCAAGCUUCAAUUUGGUUUGUAUGAAGUGUGGACCGGUAAAUGGAAGAAAGGUUUGUUAAUCUAUGAAGCUUUUGUUCAAGAAGUGUAAAGAGACUAUGAAUCACUUCUCAAGAUUGCAUCU